CGCACAAAGCACAAGUCGAAGCCUGUCUCUUCAUCUCUGGCCGGUUGCGUCCACACCUGGUACCAUCAUGGCUAGCGCCAAGUGGCAGGGCGAAGACGAAGCCGGAGACCAGGCGUCGUCCGGUUCGCCCAGACAAAACGGCAAACAAGGCAACGCCCACAGGGAAGCUGGCAUUGUUGAAAAGCUCCUGCACUCUUAUGGAUUCAUCCGAUGCUGCGAGCGGUCGGCGCGACUGUUCUUCCACUACAGCCAGUUCUCGGGAAACAUUGAGCACCUGCGCAUUGGAGACCCGGUGGAGUUCGAGAUGACCAAUGACCGAAAAUCGGGAAAGCCCGUAGCCAGCGCUGUGGUUAAGAUAUCUUCCGAGGCCUUGUCCAGCGAGGUGCUUAGCGAUGAGGUGGCAACGGGCUUCAUCACGACCGAAGCCAAGGACGGUGCCGAGGGCAGAGUGGCGUACGAGAACCGCGGCGAGUGCUUCUUCCUGCCGUACACAGAGCAGGACGUCGAGGAAGGCUACACGCUGCACCAGAACGACAGCGUGCGCUUCUAUCUGGCCACCUGCAAGGUGACUGGGGCCCCCUGCGCUAAGCGGGUGCGACCUGAGAACGCCCCCGCCAAGGGCUCACCGGAAUCGCGGGCACCUCCGCGCAAGAGCCUGCCGUCGGCCUCGCCGUCUGGGCAGCGCAAGCAGGGCGUCGUCUGCGCCCUCAAGGACACUUUUGGCUUCAUCGAGCGGGGAGAUGUCGUCAAGGAGAUCUUCUUCCACUCAAGCGAGUGCAGCGACUUCCGAGCCCUCUCGCUGGGCGAGGACGUCGAGUUCACUGUGCAGCUGCGCAACAACAAGGAGGUGGCAUGCAACAUCACGCGCCUGGCGCCUGGCACGGUCAUCUUCGAGGACGUCGACCCUGAGGUGCUCCAGGGCCGCGUGACGGUCGUGGCCGACAGGGGACGGCCGUCGCAGGCAGCCGCCGCGGAUCCUCUGCCGGGACGCAUCGUCUACAUGCGGGGCGAGGAAGAGCUGGAGAUGCCUUACGGGGAACGCGAUCCAAAGUGCGAGUACUCCCUUCAAGUUGGUGACCAAGUGCAGUUCAGCAUCGCCACCGACCGCCGGGACGGUCUCCAGCGGGCCACCAACAUUGAACUGCUCGACCAGUCGUUUGCUAACGAGGCCCGACAAGUGGGUGUUGUGGCGACCGUGAAGGAAAGCUUUGGCUUUAUAAGCUGCCAGGACCGCGACAGCCAGAUCUACUUCAAGACCUGUGAACUGCUCGACCCGGACAUGACUCUGCAUCCGAGCGACGAGGUGGAGUUCACGGUGGCUCAAGAUCCCGCAUCUCCCAGUCGUUUCUUGGCCACCCGAAUUCGCCGCCUGUGGUCCGUGUGCGAUGACCAAGACGGCCCUCGCACGAGACGCUCGCUCUCCAACGGCGAUGGGUCUGCCGUCAAUGGCGACGAGUCCAAGAACUUAAGAAACAGGGGAGAGUCUGGCAAAGGCUGUGGUGGACGAAAUGGAUUCCGGUACACGCACCGUGGCUACAUAGCGGCCUUGAAAGAAAGCUUUGGCUUUAUUGAAAAUGAAGAGCACAACCAGGACGUAUUCUUCCAUUUCAGCGUGUUUGAGGGCAACCCACAAACCCUGGAGCCUGGCCAAGAAGUGGAGUAUGGAAUGGUGCUCAAGGGCACCAAGCGCAGCGCCGAGUGCGUGCGCAAGCUCCCAGCCGGCACCCUCGCCGAUCCCCAGGAGGUCGUGAAGCCUGAAAUUCUCAACGGCACCGUCGAGCGCCCCGUGCGUUGCUUUAACCCAGAUCAGGAGCAGUAUGCAGGACUCAUCCGCCUCAGCACUUCAGGGGAGAGUGCAGAGCCCACCGCCAGCUACCCGUUUGGCAUCACUAGCCUGGCGGAUAAGCACGAGCUGCUCCAGAAGAACGAUGUGGUGCAGUUCCAGGUUGCCGUCACCGGAUCGGGUGUGGAACGAGCCGUCAACGUUGUGGCUGUGCGAGCUCGAGUGCAGGCUACGGUGGAAGCAAUCAAGGGCCAGUUCGGCUUCCUCUCUUACGAGGCCGAGGAAGGGCGCAAGCUGUUCUUCCACACGUCCGAGGUCAAGUCUGGCAACCACCUGCAGGUGGGCGACCGUGUCGAGUUUGUGGUGGUCUACAACCAGCGCACCAAGAAGUACGCUGCCUGCAGCGUCGUCAAAGUCGGAGAGUCGCAGCCAACGCAACGUCCAGAGCGUCUUGUAAGCCGGCUACGAACCCUCUCCACGGAGGACUCCGGUCCCCGCAUCAUCAUAGUGCGUCAACCACGUGGUCCAGAUGGCACUAACGGGUUUGCCAGCCGCGGAGGGGAGGCAAACUCGUCGGCAACAGUUCUCGAAGAGACCGAGGAUGCCACCGAAUACGAAGAAGGACGGGGGGACGUAAAUUCUCAAGACGGAGCCGAAGCCAAGCCCGACGAAAUGGAAGUCACUGACAACACGCUCGGUGCUAUGACCCCUGUUGAGGGUGAAGUCCAGGCCUAAAUGGUUUUUAAGCUUAGCAAGGGAAGUCUAGGGAUUUUGUUAUUCUUUUGCUCUUUUUUUAUUGCUCUUUCGUGAUCCCCAUUUGUGCCGGAACCCUCUUUUCCGGUGCAAGGAAAAUGAAAUGGAAAAAAAAAAGUGGGUGCCACGAGACUGUAACGCGAUUUUUCUUCUGCAUACCACCUGUUUCUAGGUUCUGCGCUGGAGCGUGUUCGUGGCGACUUUUCUUUUUUUUCUUGGUUUAUUUCUUUCCUCUGUCAGUGUAUGGAAGUGAAAACAAUGUGGCGAAUAUUAUCUAUUUUCUUCUUCAGUUCAGCAUGUAUGUUAUGUGUGUGUGUUCUCAUUUUUUACUAGUGUCUUUUAUAUAAGUUUCACAGUAUGCAAGUGUCGAGAAAGCUUGUUGUUCAGGUAUUUGGAAUUUGAAGUCAGAACUGUGAAAAAAAAAAGAGAGAGAGAGAGAACGGUGCGAUUGCUGUCUCGCAGUGCUUUCCAAGCGACUAUGAAAGUGGUGUGUGCGUCUCUUCACCAUGGCUCCAGUCUUGUUUGUGUGUCGUCCUGCCUCGGCUUGGGUUUUUCUUACAAUUUUUCUCCCAAUCCUCUCCCCUUAUCACCUGUUGCACUGGUACAAUUAGAUAAUGCGCUCGUUUAGGAAACUUCGGAGUGGUGCAGUUUCUAAGAAUCCGGCCGAGGCAGGCUCCUUUUCUUCCGUUACGUCGGGUAUCCCGACUAUAGGCCUGUACUGGCGCACUUCAUUUCUUUUUGCAGUCUUCUCAUACUUCUCCAUUCAGUCAGCUUUUUAUGUUUUUGUUAUACCUCUUCAAUCUAUGCCCCCAAUCAAGCUUAUCAUUUUUUCUCCUGUGUGGUGAUCUGUAGGAGUUGCACAACAACUUUGAUGGAUCUUUUCGUGCGUUUGUACGUGCAUAUCCAAGCAACGAACGACAUCACUAGCACUUAUAAAGGAAUACGAACUGGCUGAUACGAGUUGAUUAAGCACAAUGUUCUCAUUCCUCUCCCUCUCGUCGAAACCGCGGCGUGUUCCACCCGUAUGUCUACUAAAAUCUUUUGCCUCCACACACACACGAUGCCGCCCUAAUACCGUCACGUGAAAGCAAUGCUCUUUGGGAUUAAUACUCAAGGCAUAUGGUCGGCUUCUGUACUUGCACUAACCCCCCCUUUUUUUUUUCACUUGUUGCUGCUGCGAAUUUGGCAAAUUCUGGAUUCAAACUCAUGGUAAGUCCCUCAUCGAAAUGCUUCUGAUCCAGUUCUAGUAUCUAGUAUCAGCAUUUCGACUUCUUGCCAUAUUUUAACCAAGUUUACCUACACUGAGUUUGAAACAAAAUGUGUCAUCAGCAGUUUACGGUUACUACACGACUACCCUGACGACGACAGUUUCCUGUGCCCUGGUAUAUGAGUUUUUUUGCAUGAUUGUUGUGUUCGGGUAGAAAAUCUAGUGCACGUGGAAGACAAUUUGAAGUUCUUUCUGACCUACCACUGGCCUGGUAUAUCUGGAAUUCGCUGUACGACUCGUCAUUUGCGGUUGUCUAGCUGUGCUUUUGCAGAGACAGGCUCAUACUGUUUGGUCCCAAAAUUUAUGGCAAAAACCAUACUGUAUGUAUGAAAACGUGUAACAAAAUCCAGAAAUCUACACUGUUGAAGGAAAAGCAAGAAGAGUAUGACCAAAUGAGUUUUCUUUGCAUCUACUGUUCGCAGCUUGAGUGCGUUUAGAAGCAAGGAGCAAGUGUUGGAAUGAACUAGGUCUAAGCGCGUACUUGACACUCCUUCGUAGUUCUUAAUUCCGACAAGGAGCAAGUGUGUUGUCGAGCACUUCGCAGUCAUCCACCGUGGGGAGUGACUUUUUAACAUAUGGAAAGUGCGGGUGAGUAAUUCAACAGCCUUGAUUUCCAAGAAGUUUUCAAGUGUACGUCGAACAGUCUGCACGGUUUUGUCGCGUCACUUCGGUCGCUUAGUCAUCGAGAGUGGUGUUUGUGGCAUGUUAUGGAUUUUGUAUGCCUUUACCGUACGGUGCGUUUCUUUGCAACCCUCCUGUAACAGUUGAGGCCUUCCUAUUAAGGCUAUCUGCUUUACCUUCGUUUUAUUUACAUUGGCUGAAUGAAUUUGCUGUUCUUUGUUGCUGCCUUGAAGAUUCUUGUUUUGUUUGUACACAGCGGCAUAUAAGUAAAGUUUAAAAUUUUUUAUUGAGGUUA